UACCAACUGCAGGUGCCCCUACCAUAUGCUCUCAGCAGGUGGUCGUGUUGGGCCCAACCCUUACAGAGAGUCGAGGAUACGCCGUCAAAUCGGUUCUCGGAGAUCAACGAGCUCCUGGCUGCGGCCCGGGCUGAGAUCAAGCACAAACGUAUUUCAGAUCCCUGUACUGUAGCCGCCAUGCUUCUCCCCAUAGAUGCAAUGUUAGUGGCCUGGGCGCGAGACCUACCGGGCAGUUAGGUCUUCAACUCGUACCAACAUCUCGGAUCAGCCAAUGCUCCAGUCGCCAGUUUCCAGUCUCAGUACAAUAUGUACCCGGAAUUGCGGAUUGCGACAUUAUGGAACAGCUAUAGGACUGUACGACUUUUUGUGCAUGAGGCAAUCCUGUCUGCAACUCUGAGAUACGACACGCCUGGCGGCAGGAAAAGAGCAAGCAGAUCGGCUAAGGUUCUUGUUAACAUGGUAAAUGGAAUAUGUCAUAGCGUACCGUACCAUUUGGGAUUCGAGCGCAUCGGAGUACAUACCAAGAAAGCGGCACAUGUAGAGUUACCCCCAUCGCCCGGAGGCUACUUACUCCUAUAGCCGCUGUUCUUUUCGGGUAUGCUAAGAACAACAUACGAAAAUCAGAGAACUUGGAUUGCAUCUACAUUACGGCAGAUACGCUUAGACAUGGGCAUACAACUAGCCAUCUCGAUGGCGAAGGCAUUAGAGCAAUAGGCUUAAUACUUCUCUGACAAAGAUACGUGGUCAAUUGGCGAGCUUAAUCCGCACUAGAUAUGGACUGGCAACAUUAUGACAUGAUUAAGGUCAC